CUUGCUGCCCCGUGGUAAGUGGUACCCUUGAUAUAGGAAGGAGGCAUCUGACUAUUCUUCCUGACACCAUAGUGAGACCAACAUAGGCCUCAGUCCCCAGGUCAAAAUCCACAACAAUAUAAAAAGAGCCCUAUCUGAUCUUUUACUCCAUCGACGUAGACCUUGAGCAGGGAGGAGGACAGAGGAACAAGGACUGAUUGACAUUCCGACUUCAUGGAAGGCCUUUUCAAAGCGUCCAAGCGAUCAGGGCGACUGCAGAAGAAGGCAGAAGAGCUUCUGUUUCACCAAAAGCAUGGAUACUUUCUGCAGGCUCAGACAUUCCUCGAAUCCCUUGGUAGACCUUUUCUCACAGAAAUGAUGAUUUGUGUCUGUUUGAUUUGUCUUCGGAGCAGACCCAGCGCUAUUACGCCGAGUCAGAGAUUUGCUGCCAUUUGCAGAAGACCUCAUUGUUUGUGUGACCUUCUCCGCCUCGUACGGUGCCGUCAGCUUGAGCCCCAGGGAAUGCAAAACUGGCCCGUCGAACAAACCCUCUGGUGGGUCUUUACAUUUUACCAACUCAAAGUACGGCGGCCGAGAUUUCGAUCGAUCCAUGGACCAAUUGUUCGCCACUCGUCCAGCAUGGGCUGAAAUUGGGAUAGUGGGCAGCAUACUGCAUAAGCAGGUUUGGUGCUGGGAACAGGGUGAAGUCACUCAACUCUCAUGAUUUACGUCUGUACCAUGUACUUUCGGAAUGAGUAACUCCACUUACUCAUACUUUUAUUUUAUUUUAUUUUCUGAACUACACUUAAUUCUAAAGUUGGACUACGGGGAUUCCUCUACGCCCCCAAGCGUAUUUUGACGCGUAGUAUCAUAGCCCUGCACUUCUGCUCAUUCUUACGUCAGCAGUCAACUCUCAGAAUGACUGUCAUAAUUAAGUCUUCCAGAGUUGAAGUUAUUGCUUCUACCGAUGUGAGGUACCGAACCGUAUAUUAAGAACUUGG